ACCACCCCUGCCAUUUGACGUAGAUACCGAGCGAGACUGCGCAAUAUUUAUCAUGCGCUGUUAAGUCGACCUCCUCUUUUGAUGUCCAGGCAACACUCGUGUUCCCUGCCACCUUUAAUUCGGCAGACAUGCGUCGAAGUAAGACUGAAGUUGACCGCUACGUCGCCUCCGUGCAGACUUCCUCGCCUUCACUCAAAGAGAAACCGGUCAAAGGAUUUUUAUUUGCUAAACUCUAUUUCGAAGCAAAGGAGUAUGAACUUGCAAAGAGACAUGUGUCGGAGUAUCUCAAAGUCCAGGAGAGGGAUCCCAAAGCGCACAAGUUCCUUGGACAGCUCUACGAGAGAGACGGAGACGUCAACAAAGCAGUAGGAUGUUACAAGCGUUCUGUGGACUUGAACCCCGCCCAGCGAGACCUGGUGCUCAAGGUGGCAGAGUUGCUGGUCAGCAAAGAGGAAAAUGACAGCAAAGCGGAGUUCUGGGUGGAGAAAGCUGCAAAGUUGCUCCCAGGGAACCCAGCAGUCUUCAACCUGAAGGAGCGGCUGUUGAGUCGCCAAGGUCAGCAGGGUUGGAACCGACUGUUUGACCUCCUUCAGGCAGAGCUGGCGGCCCGACCGGGAGAAGCGCACGUCAACAUCAAGCUGGUCCAGCUGUUCAGUCAGGACGGGCAGCUAGAGGAGGCGGUUAAACACUGUCUGGCCACUGAAAAACGGGGCUUGCUGCGCCACAGUCUGGACUGGUACACUGUGGUGGUGCGCACACUUCAGGACUAUCUGGCCCAGCCAAGCAUCUCCAACAAUGAGAAGAUGUGUCGUCGUCUCCAGAGAGAGCUGCUUUUGGCUCACUGCAACCUUGUGAGAAUCACACUGUCUGGAAGCGAUGUGCAAUCUUGCCUCGAUGCUCUCAGGUGUUUUGACCAGACCAUGCAGAAACUGAGCAGUGUUGCAGGCCACCACACAGACGAGCUUAGUGAGGCGUUUGUGGAGAUGCGGGGUCACCUGUACUUGCACGCUGCCACACUGCUAUUGAAGCUGGCUCAGGAUCGUCAACAGACAUGGCGGGCUGUCAUCGACCUCUCAGCGCUAUGCUACCUGCUGGCCCUGCAGGUUUCCAGACCGAAGCCAAAGGGGACUAAAAGAGAUCAGGCAGCCCCGCAGUUUUUGGAGCUUCUUGCAAGCGACAGGCAGAGCCAGGCUGGCCACAUGCUGCUGAACCUCAGUACUGAUUCAUCCAACUUGAUCAGAGAGGUGGUGGAAGCCUUUGGGAACCGUAGUGGUCGAGACUCUCUAGUUGAACUCCUGUUUGGACGACAGAGCCCUACUGGAUCUUUCAUUGCAAAUGAUGACUUCCAUUCUGUUAGUGCACAAGCUCCAGAAAUCUCUCAACUGGCCAAGUGGGAUGCAGGUGCCAUCUUGUUGCAUUGCGGCGACUUGCAACAUCUAAGCUGGUUAGGUCUUCAGUGGACUCUUUUGGCCCAAAGACCAGCCUUGCGGGCCUGGCUACAGCAGCUUUUUCCAAGACUGACCCUCGAAACCUCCAAGCUCGACACAAAUGCACCGGAGUCAAUCUGUCUUCUGGAUUUGGAGGUGUUUAUACACGGUGUGGUUUUCUGUAGCCACUGUCAGCUGCAGGAGACGGCAAAGAUGAACAGUGGAAUAAACCUGCAGCAACAGGCUCUUUAUGAACCUCGCUGCCUCCCACUUCCUCUUCUUCGCCUCUUGACCACAGAAAGACAGCGGGAGUGGUGGGAUGCCAUUUACAGCCUCAUUCACAAACGAGCUGCUCCUGGCAUGUCAGCUAAAUUGCGAAUGGUGGUACAACAUGGGCUGAGUGCAUUGAGAGCGGGAGAGAAACAUGGGCUGCACCCAGCACUGGCUAUCUACUGGGCUCAGUGCCUUAGCCAGACGGGCGAUGGUGUGAACUCAUACUACGACCAGAAGGAGUACAUCAGCCGCAGUGUCCACUACUGGAAAGUGGUCCUUCCAAUGCUGGACAAGAUCAAAAAAAGGCGCAGUAUACCAGAACCCCUCGAUCCUCUCUUCAUGCAUUUUCCAUCCAAAGAUAUUCAGGUCUCCUCUGUGAAGGGCUGUCAAGAGGAAGCCAACGUUGCAUAUGCAACUCUCCUUGACAUCGAAGGCAAGACAGAGGAGGCCAUCGCAACUUUGGAGUCAGUCAACAACAUGGCAUCUGUCUGGCAUUUGGCUCAGAUAUACCAACGGUUGUCUGAGGAGGCCAGUAAUGGAGUUGAGGAGACCCAGGACAGGUGCAUCGCCUUUCUAAAGAAAUUCAGGCUCUACCUCUCAAAGAUAUACAAUGCCAAUGCGGAUGAAGUUGAAAAACUUCCAGUGUCCAUGGAGGAAGUUGUGGACCUCCUUAAUGAUGUGAACCAGCAACUCGCAGACAAUGGUGGGGAUGAAGACGAGGAAAAGAAUGGUAGUCAUAGUGGACUACCCCAUUCAAGUCCUGCUCAUCCCACAGACACAAGAGGCACCAUAUCCCAUAUUAUGUUUUCCACUCCGUCCCCAAACAAAAGCAUAGUCUCUCCUUCCAAAAGACACCUGAUUUCUCCAAAGACACCACCUCACUGGGUGGAGGACCAGAAAAGUCUCCUCCAAAUGCUGUGUCAGCAAGUUGAAGCCCUUAAGAAUGAAGUUCAUGACCUGAGGCAUAACUCUUCAGGAAAUGUGGGCUCGCCUCAUCAUAAAAGAUAUGGUGAGAGUUAUGGUGCUGAAGGACUACAGGAAUCUUUCACACCUGUGCAACCCUUCCAUGGGGCCCCCUUAACAGUUGCCACUACAGCUCCUUCCGCGUACUACAAUCAGUCUCCAGCCUACAACUCACAGUACCUCCUACGCACAGCAGCAAAUGUAACCCCCACAAAGGGCCCAAUGUUCAAUAUGAACCGUAUGCCACCUCAACAGCACAUGUAUGCCUAUCAGCCACCAACCCAUACUCCUCCAAUGCAAACUGCUCCAGCCUGCAUAUACCCUCCUCAAGAACAGGCCUUUGGUGCGCCACUUCGAUUUGAAUCACCAGCAACAAGCCUUCUGUCGCCAUAUAGUGAAGAAUAUUAUGGGCAGAAUGUAACUCAACAAACCACCAACCCUCCUCUGCCCGAACCUGGUUAUUUCACCAAACCAUCUGUCGUCCCGCCUCAGCCACAAAAAAGCUUUGAGGGGAAAUCUGUGGAGUUUGGAAAGCUCUCGUUCAGCCAGCAGACACCUGCUGAAGGACACAAAGUACCUAGUUUCGGAACAAGCACAGUUUCUCAACCCACAGCUUCCUUUAAAUUUAAUUCCAACUUUAAAUCCAAAGAUGGCGAUUUCACUUUCCCAACAUCCCAAGCUAAGCACAGUGAAAGUUUACUCGGUCUUCUCACGUCUGACAUCCCUACUAAGACUGAUAAUUUGCCAGAAAAGCCUCCUACUGUUCAAGAGCUGACCUCAAACCAAGCAAGUAUCUUCACUUUUGGCAAUAAAAAAUUGUCUGGCUUCUCAUUUGCUGAUGCAGUACAAAACAGUCCUGGAGGUCUGUUUGGAAAAGUGGAGCAGCCAUUUAAAUUUGGAGAUGUUGCCAAGCCAGUAUUUGGUGAUGCCAAGUCUGUAGCCGAAGAAGAAAGUGCAGCAAAUAGUGACAAUGACAGCACUCAUGCUGAGGAGGAGGACGACGAGGAAGAGGAUGAUGAUGGUCCUCACUUUGAACCCAUUGUACCCCUUCCUGAUAAAGUCGAUGUGAAAACGGGUGAGGAAGACGAGGAGGAGUUAUUUUGCAACAGAGCAAAGCUCUAUCGAUUUGACACGACGACAAAAGAAUGGAAGGAACGCGGCGUCGGCAACGUUAAAAUCUUGCAACAUAGCAUUACGAAGAAGGUUCGACUCUUAAUGAGACGGGAGCAGAUCUUCAAGAUAUGUGCAAAUCACUACAUCACCACUGACAUGUUACUGAAACCUAAUGCUGGUUCUGAUAAAUCAUGGGCAUGGAAUGCCAUUGACUACGCAGAUGAAGAACCGAAGCCCGAGCAACUAGCCAUCCGUUUCAAAACCGUAGAUGAGGCAUCAUUUUUUAAGACAAAAUUUGAAGAAGCCCAGAACAUUGUGGAGAAAUCCCAAGAAAAUCAGGUUCAACAAGAGAAGAAAGCAGAGGGUUUAAUACCUUCUAAGCCUUUUGAAACUCUUGCAGAAAAAUUUGCAAUGAAAGAAGGAGAGUGGGAUUGCACUGAAUGCUUUGUGAGAAAUAAAUCAGGGACUGAUCGGUGCUCUUCUUGUCAAAGUGACAAUCCCAGUUCUUCCUCAAAACCAGACAUUCGUGCUGAAAAGGACAUCAAAGUCACUCCCUUUGCUUUUAAAUUUGGGACAGAUGAACCGAAAACCAGUCACUCUGGUCCCCCCUUUUCUGGAUUUGGUGCUUUUGGAAAUUCUUCCUCUUCGUCUUUUACAUUUGGUACAAAUUCUGCCAAACCUGUUGACACACAAAACAGUGCUUUUGGUUCUAUCUUUGGCACUCCACUUGGGAAGAAAGCAGAGCAGUUGGUUUGUGAUUCAUCUUCUACGACAAACGAGGUCUCUGAUGACAGUUGUGUUUCUUGUGAAGCUUCUCAAGGUUCACCUAAAACAACUUCCACUGAACAAAAUGCACCUCCCACAGUCGUCUUACCUGUUCGCAAAAUCUCAGAAUCUUUUGUGAGUACCGGGUUUGGUAACCAAUUUGGAAAUAAACCAGAUCAGUGGGAGUGUGGUGAGUGUUAUAUAAGAAAUGAAGCUAAUGCAAACAAAUGUGUUGCCUGUCAGGCACCAAAUCCGACCGCUAAAAGCACAGUCAGUGCUACUCCAUCAGCUUCUAGCUUUAACUUUGGAGUAAAGACAUCAUCAAGCCAGCCUACUGGAACACCUUUCGGAACAGGCCAAUCAUUUCAGUUUGGUCAAAGCAAAGUUGAAACUUCAGUAUCUUCUUUUAAAUUUGAGAUUCCACAGUCCAACUCAAGUACCACGAGUUCUUCUGGCUUCUCUUUCUCAAUGCCCAUUUCUUCAGGUGGGUUUAAAUUUGGAAUUCAAGGCCCUGCAAACGAUAUUUCACCAACUACUAACUCAACCUCCGCUGAUCAAAUUGUGUCAUCAAGUUCCGCCUCCAGCUUUCUUAAAAGCAUUGCUGAUAAACACAAGGAGAAAGAAAAUGCUUUUACCUCUGACGAAAAGGGCCAUCAAGAGCCUGAGACAAAUCCAUUAAUAUCUGGUAAAACUGAUUCUUUUAGUUUUGCAGACCUGGCAGUAUCAUCUGAAGGAAACUUCCAUUUUGGCCUGGAUGACCCUGAUUUCAAAGGUUUCCGUGGUGCCGGUCAGCAGGUUUUCUCAUCCUUUCAGGCCACACCCACAAAGACAAAUGCCUCAAGUGAGCAGGUAGACGACGACAUGUAUAAAACUGAAGAAAAUGACAAUAUUCAGUUUGAACCAGUCGUUCAAAUGCCUGAGAAAGUUGACCUCGUAACGGGGGAGGAAGACGAAGAGGUCCUUUAUUCACAUCGUGUCAAACUGUUUAGAUUUGAUACAGACAUUGGUCAGUGGAAAGAGCGUGGGGUAGGGAUCCUCAAAUUCUUAAAGAACAACAAUAAUGGUCGGCUUAGAGUUUUGAUGAGAAGAGAGCAAGUUCUGAAGGUGUGUGCCAACCACUGGAUUACGACCACCAUGAAUCUUAAACCACUAGCAGGCUCAGACAAGGCAUGGAUGUGGCUGGCCAACGAUUUCUCUGAUGGAGAUGCGAGACUUGAACAAUUGGCUGCUAAGUUCAAAAGUCCCGAACUUGCUGUGGAAUUUAAAGAGAAGUUUGAAGAAUGUCAGAGACUCCUCUUGGACAUCCCCUUACAAACUCCCCACAAGCUGUUUGACACAGGCAAAACUGCACAUUUGAUUCAGAAAGCCGAGGAAAUGAAAUCCGGUUUUAAGGGCAUGAAAUCCAUUUUUACAGAUGACAAAACAAAAAUCAAAGAUUACAGCCAGGUAGAAAUUCCAGCAUCCUCUAAAAUGACUAGUCUAUUAAUCAAGCCUCACAGUGAAACAACUGGCCCUACUUUAGAGUGGGAUAACUAUGAUCUAAGAGAAGAGGCUCUUGAUGACACAGCUGACUCAUCAGUCUACGCUUCUCCACUCACUAGUAGCCCAUUGAGAAAGAACCUUUUCCGAUUUGGAGAGUCCACGGGUGGCUUCAACUUCAGUUUUCAACCUGGGAUGAGCCCUGCAAAGUCUCCUGCUAUGCUUAAUCAGAGCAGAACCUCAGUUGGUACUGACGAUGAGCAAGAUGCUACCCAGGAUGAGGAGAGAGACAGCCUGUACUUUGAACCUGUAGUUCCCCUGCCGGAUUUGGUUGACAUUUCCACCGGAGAAGAAGACGAACAAGUAGUAUUCAGUCACAGAGCCAAACUGUAUCGAUAUGAUAAAGAAGCGAGUCAGUGGAAAGAGAGAGGUAUCGGAGAUCUCAAAAUCUUACAAAAUUAUAACACGAAACGGGUAAGGUUGAUUAUGAGGCGGGACCAGGUUCUUAAGAUUUGUGCUAACCAGUGGCUCACAGAAACCAUGAAGCUAGAACCAAUGAAGGGUGCAGAGAAGGCCUGGGUGUGGAGUGCAUUGGACUUUGCUGAAGGAGAGGGAAAAGUUGAACAGUUGGCCGUGAGAUUCAAAUUGCAAGAAACCGCGAACACAUUUAAGCAGAUUUUUGACGUGGCCAAGAUCGCUCAGGAGGAAGCAGAACUUAUGAUCCCUGUAUCAUCCAUCACAUCACUGGACAGUGGAGACUCUUUAAAAUCUGCUACUGUUGUCUGUGGGAAGGCAGCAAUUGCUAUUUUGGAAGAGACCACCAAGGAUCGAAGUGAACUCUCAUGUAAUGAGAAACCAUCCCCAUCCCAAAGUCCAGUCAACCCCACCAAAUCAGUGAUGUCACCCCCCAAAUUCGUGUUUGGCUCUGAUGGCCUUCAGAAGAUCUUUGGAAGUCCAAAAUCUCCCUCCGAGAGCGGUGACUGUGAAUCCAGCUUAAAAGCUAAAGAUUCUGGACAUCCUACUAAGGGGGCUGCUGCAUCAACUGCAUUCAAAAUUCCACAUAAAGGGGCUCAACAAGCAGGACUCAAAGCCGAGUCAGAUGAGGACUCUGAACUGGAGGUUGUGUAUGUCAGGGAGCCAACUGCUGAACAAGCUGCUUUAGCCCGGAAAUUACUGCUGCCGCUCACCUUUUUCUGCUACCAGAAUGAACCAGGCUACACCAGUGACAAUCAACCUGAUGAUGAGGACUACGAGUCAGCAGUCAAAGCCUUGAAUGGGAAGCUCUACCCUGAUCCUCCUGAAAGAAAAGUGACCACAUCCGACAAUGAGCCAGACUGCCAGGUGGUCUGGGAGAAAAAACCCACGCCAGAGGAGGAGGAGAAAGCCAAGAGCCUCCAGCUUCCGCCCACGUUCUUCUGUGGCCUGAGCACCACUGACAGUGACCUGGAUCCUGACAAGGCUGAGGAUUUUGACACAGAAGUCCUCAAAGCCCAACAGGAACUGGAUUCCCAGUUGAACAAAGCUGAGGAAGUCUCCAGUCGUCCUGCUGAAGAGCUGACGUCUGCUCCGUCGCCGAGCAGCGCAGAGGUUGUCGGCAGCACGUUCACGGCGCAGGAUGACGUUUCAGAGCAGCCGACAGAAGAGCAGGCAGCUGCUCCCAGCAGCAGCGCUCCCAUCGACUUGUCAACCAAGUCGAGCAGCGAGCCAGAGAAAGUCUCUGUUUCUGCUCCUGCUGCAGCUCUCACAAGCAGCGAGCCAGGGAGAGUCGCUGUUUCUGCUCCUGCUGCAGCUCUCACAAGCAGCGAGCCAGAGAAAGUCUCUGUUUCUGCUCCUGCUGCAGCUCUCACAAGCAGCGAGCCAGAGAAAGUCUCUGUUUCUGCUCCUGCUGCAGCUCUCACAAGUACAGACCUUGCCGGUUUUGGUUUCACCUCAUCAGGAGCCUUCUCUUUUGCUGACCUGGCCAAAAAUACAGAAGGCUAUGCCUUUGGAGCACAAGAUUCCAACUUCUCCUGGGCAAAUGCAGGUGCAGCAGUAUUUGGGGCGGCAGCAUCAAACGGCAAUAACAACCAGGGCGGAAGUGAAGAAGGGGAAGGUCCUGAAAAUGUUGACAUACAUUUUGAACCCAUCGUGUCACUGCCAGAGGUGGAGACGAAGUCUGGAGAGGAGGAUGAAGAAAUCCUUUUCAAGGAGCGUGCCAAACUGUAUCGAUGGGACCGGGAACUGAGCCAGUGGAAGGAGCGUGGGGUCGGCGACCUGAAGAUCCUCUUCCACCCAGCCAAACACUUCUACCGAAUCCUGAUGAGAAGAGAGCAGGUGUUCCGAGUGUGCGCCAACCACAACAUCUCCCCAGCCAUGGAUCUCAAACCCAUGAACACCUCUACUAAUUCGCUAAUCUGGGUGGCUACGGACUACUCGGACGGCGAGGGUUCCAUAGAGCAGCUGGCGGUCAAGUUCAAGACCCCAGAGAUCACGGAAUCCUUCAGGAAGACCUUCUGCGAGUGUCAAAGCCGUUUACGCCAAACGAGCGGAGAUGCCCCGUGUAGCGUCUCACCAAUGAUGUCCAGGAUUCAGGAGCACUCCAGAGACUCCAACCCACAGGUGUUCUUCACCGUGGAGGCCGACAGCCAACCUAUUGGCACCAUCACCAUGGAGCUCUUCUCCCACAUUGUUCCCAAGACGGCAGAAAACUUCAGGGUUCUCUGCACUGGCGAGAAAGGCUUUGGGCUACUGGGCUCCAUUUUCCACCGGGUCAUACCAGACUUCAUGUGUCAGGGAGGCGACAUCACCAACGGUGACGGCACGGGUGGACGGUCCGUCUACGGCGCCAAGUUUGAGGACGAGAACUUUGACGUCCGGCACACAGGUCCGGGCGUGCUGUCCAUGGCCAACCGAGGCCGUGACACCAACAACUCCCAGUUCUUCAUCACGCUGAAAAAGGCCGAGCACCUGGACUUCAAGCACGUGGCUUUUGGCUGGGUGCGACAGGGCAUGGAUGUUGUGCAGCACAUGGGGGAGCUGGGCACCAAGGGAGGCGUCCCCACUAAGAAGCUGAUGAUCAUGGACUGUGGACAGUUGUAGACUUUUACAGGUUUGAAGCUUGCUUUAUGGAAUUAGCUUUCUGUGGUCAUAAGGUGUCAAAAUCAGUUUGCUAAGAAAUUACGGGAGGUGGCACUUUUGAUCGUCUGACAGUAAAAUCUCUAAUGUAAUUGUAUAAUUGUACAUUACCUUUUUUUAAAAGUGUUUUUGUUUUGCAUGCUCUGGUACUCUACACACAUUUUUGAGUAGCACUGUUUCUUUACAGCCGUGCAACUUCCUGUAGAUGGCGCUAGACUGUCAUUUCAUUCUUUGUGCCCUGACACACGUUCACUGAGGUUUAUGUACACCGUCAUUAUGAGAAACAAUAAAGUGUUUUCAUGUAGAUAUUUAA